GGAAGCGUCCCUGAGGGUGAAGCGGACGGGAAAGAAGCCUUUCGGGGCUCCUCGUCGAGAGCCAUGGCGCCCGAGCAGGCCCAGCCGGAGCCUUCGCUUCCCGGAGCGCCUGCCUUGUCCCGCUCCCCGCUCCGGGUGUCCUUCGAGGAGGUGGCCGUGCGCUUCAGCCCGGGCGAGUGGGACCUCCUGGGCCCGUGGCAGAGGGCUCUGUACAAGGAGGUCACGCUGGAGAACUACGCGAAUGUUCUCUCCCUGGGGGGAAGCAGCUCCCCGGACCCCUCGGAUCCUGCCUGGCGAGGAGAACCGGGGCAGUUCGAAGAAGUCCUGCGCUCCCUCCAGGUGGUAGUGAAAGAGGAGGAGGAGGAGGAGGAGGAGGAAGAGGCAGGUCAGGCUCUGUGUUCGGUCGAAGAGAGGCAGCCGCAGAAGGAAAACGGCGACGGGGAGGCCAGAAGUUUGGCAGGUGAUCAUAUGCGAGAAGGAGGACCUUGUGCGAUGCUGCCAGUGGGACCCGGGUGCAGAGAGGCGAAUGGGAACGCCGUACGCAGAACCCAGAAGAUGGGAGAGAGACCCUUUCGUUGCAGCCUGUGUGAGAAAAGCUUCAAAUCCAAGUCAAACCUUACGGAGCACCAGAGAGUGCACACGGGAGAGGCCCCCUAUAAGUGCGAGCUGUGUGGGAAAAGCUUCAAGCGCAAUUCCGCCCUUACGGACCACCGGAGGAUUCACACAGGGGAGACCCCUUACAAAUGCGAGCGGUGUGAAAAAAGCUUCAUGCGCAAGUCGAGCCUUACCGUACACCAGGUGACCCACACCGCGGAGAGACCGUACGUGUGCCAAGUGUGCGGGAAAGGGUUCUGUUACAAGGCAAAGCUUAUCGAACAUGAAAGGACCCACACCGGAGAAAGGCCGUAUAAAUGCUCAGAAUGUGGGCAGAGCUUCAAUUACAGCACCAGCCUCCAGGCACACCAGAGAACCCACACAGGGGAGAGGCCGUACAAGUGCUCAGACUGUGGCAAGAGGUAUACUUCUCAUUCCAACCUUAGUGUGCAUCGGAGAAUCCACACUAAAGAGAAACCCUUUAAAUGUUCAGAAUGUGGGCAGAGCUUCUAUUACAGAAACAGCCUUAAAGUGCAUUGGAAAAGCCAUACAAGGGAAAGGCCACACAAGUGCUCAGACUGUGAUAGGAGGUAUACCUCUCUGUCGGGCCUUGUUAAACAUCGAAAAACCCACACUGAAGGGAGGCCUUACAAAUGCUCGGAUUGUGAACAGAGCUUCCAGCUUAGCACACAGCUUACUGCACACCAGAGAAGCCACGCAGGAGAGAAGCUGCACAAGUGCUCAGACUGUGGUAGAGGGUAUAGUUCUCAAUCAUACCUUGUUAGACAUCAACUUGCCCACACCGACAAGAGGACUUUUAAAUGCUCGGAAUGUGAACAGGGCUUCCAGUUCAGCACACAGCUUAUUGCACACCAGAGAACCCAUGAAGCGGUGAGGACAUAAGAAUGCUUGGACUGCAACAAGGGCUCUGCUUCUCCUUUCCAUAUUUUUAAACGUAAAAGAAUGCACAUUGAAGAGAGACCUUAACAAAUGCUCAAAAUGCGAAGCCAGGCCUUGGGCCGACUAACAUUCAAUGACCUUCUAAAU